GUGGAACACAGCGACUUCCUAGAAUUGUGGGAAAAGCAUUAGCAAAGGAACUCAUAUUCACUGGCAGGAAGAUUGGUGGCAGAGAAGCAAUGUCGAUUGGUCUGGUAAAUUACUGUGUUCCUGAUGGUGAAGCUCAUCUAAAGGCACUUGAAAUUGCUCGCAAUAUAAAUGAGAAGGGUCCCAUAGCACUAAGGAUGGCAAAAAAAGCUAUUGACGAGGGACUGGAGGUGCAUAAAACCUCAUCUUUGGCACUAGAAGAAGAAUGCUAUGAACAAACCUUGAACACAAACGAUCGCUUGGAAGCCCUAGCAGCAUUUGCUGAGAAGCGCAAGCCAAGGUAUACCGGAGAUUAAGAUGAUAAAAUUGCAGUAAAUCUGUCUUGGAUGAGUUUAUUUGCGUUAUGGAAAUAAAGUUACUUGUCAGCAAUGAGAAAAUGACUGGUUCGUAGAGGCCCUAAUUUUAUAUGUGAUCAUAAUUUACCCUUAUCUCUAUAUUUGAAUGAAUUUAGAGGUCGAUGAAAUGUUUUUCAUGGGUUCAUGAGAAAUUACUUGCAUACGGAAUUAUCGAACAUGUUUAUUAAGGAGUCAAUUAAAUUCACUCUUCAAGUC